AUGGCCGAGCAGGCCCAUCAUGUCUCGUUUGCCCACGGCAUCCUCUCGCCGCUGCAGCAGUCGCCCGCAAUGAUAAUUGAGGUGGACAAGGUCACGACCGACUUUGCGUGCUCGGCAGUCCUUUCGUCGCUGUGCGUUCCCAUCAGCGCUGUGCGGUACAUCGGAAGCUGCGGUCUGGAUGCAGAUAGCCGAGUUUUUGGCAAUCCGCGGUUCGUUGUCAUAUCGGAAGAUGUGGUGGUGAUAUCGACGCUGAUCAGCCGGCUCGAUGCGUUCCAUAUCAUACAACUCGACCGCAUCACCAAUGUCAAACCUGUCAGGAUGCAUCUCUCUGGAGGGUUUCAAUCAGCUGAGACUCAGACAGUAACGGUUCGGCUCGCCGUCGACAACUGGAACUUUUUUCGGGUGCUUGAAAGGGCCAUUGUUGCGGCAAGGAUCCGAGUCCUCCUCAAAGCUCCAACGGUCCAUCGACCAAACGACUACGCCGAAUACCUGAAGCUUGAGGAACAGCUUGCUGGUAUUCAUCUGGGCCGCAAAGGCACGUCGGACCGCAAGCGUCCGGGGCCAGAGCCGCUGCAGGAGAUGUGUGAGCUGGUUACUUGUCUGACCCGACUGUGCGAUGCAAGUGCAGAGGCAAAGCGAGCCUUUUGGCAGUCGGACCGAGGACUGCGAUUCAUCAUGCGAAUGAUCGAGCGGUUUCUGUGCCAAAUAUACGACUUUGCCAAGGCACUGCGGAAGCAUAGCCAAGACUGGGUCUUGGCAAGCGGCUGGUGUUUGGAAUCCGAAGAUUUUCAGAAAAUCCAUGGAACGAUACGAGUCGUCCGCAAGAUGGUACAUCUUCUGGCAAUCAUCUUUCGAGAUUCAGAGACAAUAGAAGAAAGCCAGAUAUAUCUCAAGCGCCUUGGAUCCAAGGGAUCUGCUGAUCUUCUCAAUGCGUGGCUCUCGGCCUAUGGUCUCCAUAUCCCGCUCACAAGCGACCGUGUUGCCAAGCACGCAACAUCGUAUACGACCGAGUUGCUCGGUCCCCGCCGUCAACAGCGCCUUACCGCGGAAAAACUCGAUAUAUUUGAUGUCUUCUGGAGCGUCCACAAGAUGAAGAUACGGAUUGUAGGUCUAGUAUUCAAUUACUGGAUGCUAGUUCGCUGUCAUCCUAGCCAUCUCGGCGAGUUCAAUCGGACGCUCGCCAAGUACCACACCGUCGUCGAGGCCGGAGGAUUGGUCGACGUUGCCAUUUCGCUGGCAUUUUCCCUAAGACAAAUCCGCUCUGUCAAAUCACUGGCGCUCGAUCGCGUUGGCUCCAUGGCCAUAUCCCCAGCGCGGUUCAUAUGCGCUGUUUACGAGGCCGCCCUGCUCCUGGAGCAUGUCCUGGAUCUGCUUCCAGAGUCCUGCACCCGAAUCCGAGAGCUCUAUGCCGAUGACUGGAUGGUCACGGGUUUCAAGCAUGGCGGAGAGUGGUUGCCAGCAAGCGACGUCGUCAGCGACGCAGGCAUCUGGACUGAGCUUUGCGGAAAGCUCAGAUCCAUCGGAAUGUAUUUCCGUCUGUAA